CAAAGAUUUAGCCAAAAAGGACAUUUAAACACACACAUGAGAAUCCAUACAGGAGAAAAGCCUUUCUCUUGUGACCUAUGUGGGCAAAGAUUUAGUGAAAAAGGAGCUUUAAACACACACGUGAGAAUCCAUACAGGACAGAAGCCUUUCUGUUGUGAUCUGUGUGGACAAAGAUUUAGUCAAAAAUCACAUUUAAACACACACAUGAGAAUCCAUACAGGAGAAAAGCCUUUCUUUUGUGAUGUAUGUGGACAAAGAUUUAGUGAAAGAGGAACGUUAAACAGACACAUGAGAAUCCAUACAGGGUGGAAGUCUUUCUGUUGUGAUCUAUGUGGACAAAGAUUUAGCCAAAAAGGACAUUUAAACACACACAUGAUAAUCCAUACAGGAGAAAAGCCUUUCUGUUGUGAUCUAUGUGGACAAAGAUUUAGUCAAAAAGGAAAUUUAAACACACACCUGAAAAUCCAUAAAGGACAGAAGCCCUUCUUUUGUGAUCUAUGUGGACAAAGAUUUAGUCAAAAAUCACAUUUAAACACACACAUGAGAAUCCAUACAGGACAGAAGCCUUUCUGUUGUGAUUUAUGUGGACAAAGAUUUAGUCAAAAAUCACAUUUAAACAAACACAUGCGAAUCCAUACAGGACAGAAGCCUUUCUGUUGUGAUCUAUGUAAACACAAAUUUAACAACAAAUCUCAUUUAAAUAGACACACGAAGAACCAUGCAAUGCAAGACAAGGCAACUUUAUUUGUAUAGCACGUUUCAGUACAAGAACAAUGCAAAUGAUUUACAUGAUUAAAAUGUAGCAAAAUAAAAAUGUAAACAAAAAGUUGGAA